GUAAACUUUGUUGUAAGGAAGCCGCAAAUUUAUAUAAAAAGAAAUGAAAAAGAAAUGAUUAUAGAAAAUAUCUCUGAGGUUGAUUGGUACCAGUUUUUCACCCUUCGAUAUAAUUCGCAAUCGCUUCUUUUUGUCAUCACGAAAAUUGAAAAUGAUCUAUACUUGAAAAAAAAAGUUUUGCUGCAAAUUUUUUUCAAAAAAUGUUGUGAAUUUUUCGCCGCUUCGGACAAUAUUCGUAUGUUUAACGCUGCGCAGUCAGUUAUGUUAAUUUUGUUUAAGGCUAUAUGCGAUAUUCUUCGUCACACUUGUCCUUUAAUAAGUCGAAAAUUAGAUGCAUUUAUCUUUAUUUUAGGAAAAGACAGUCAACGAGUAACGAAGAAUAUUGCCAGUCGUUGUGCCUUAUUGAUCCAUACAGAUAAUGAUUUAUCAAGAUUUACAUUAAAUUUUCUUGUAUCAGUUCUUUGUGCCGGCAAUGUAUCAAGUUUUGUUGAAAAUUUCUUAUCAGUGGAUUUUUAUGAUUUAUUUUUUAACAUUUUAAUUGAUGAUGAACAAAUUUCAAAUAAAAAGGAAGCAAGUCUAUUUCUGAUUACCAUUCUAAUUGAUUAUUGUCAUUUCAACUUAGAAAGCGCAUUCUUUAAGCGAUUUUCAAUGGAAAAUCGUGACAACUUUUUAGAGAAUUAUUGUGAAAUCAUACAUAAAUGGCUCAUAAAUUGCGUUAGAGCUUACCAGUCACAAAUUAAUAUUUACAAUCCAUCUUCAUCGUUAUGGGGAUCCAUCGCUAAUACUGUGUCCAACUUAUUACAGUUGAGUGACAAUAAAUCGAACAUAAAAUUCAUAAGCAAAAAUGAAAAAAUUGAAUAUUUAAUAGCUCUUGGUAAUAUUAUUCGAUAUAAUCGAAAUGUUUCGCCUUAUUUACUCAAUAAUUUAAAAAUUUCGUUGAAUCUUACUGAAGAUAGUAACGAUGGUGGCGCCAAUAUUGAUAGCUAUGGUGACUAUACGAAAAAGCGAUGUGCUUUGGGACUAUUAAUUUUGAUUUUUAUGAUCCAUGACGUGAAUUUAGCAAGUGCUAUUUAUAAUCAUGAAUCUAAUACAGUUGUCGCUUUAUAUCAGUCGCAGAUGCUCCACAGGGAUGAGGAUCUAAUUGCAUUUCCUACUUCAUUUUCGUUAGCUGAUGCCAUUUGUGAUAUUAUUUGCGAAUUUUUCAUAAGUCAUGUAUGCUUAAAUUUUCCAUUCGAACUUUACGAGUUAGCGAUUGGGGUUGUUCAUCGAAUGAUAACUUAUGCAAAAAGGAUGUGUAUACGUAUGGCUAAAUGGAAACCAUUAUUCGAAGCUCUUCUAUCUUUACUCAAUUUUUUGGCUUCAAACGAUUCUUAUCUUGGUCUUCGAGCUUAUUAUUUAUGUUUACGGAUAAUGGUGAUACUGAAUCUUUUCAUCACUUAUGGUGAUACGUUUUUGCCCACUGACGUUGCAUACGAUUAUAUGUGUUAUGAAAUAUUACGCAGGCAAUCAGUAUUUCAUAAGGUGUUGAACAAAGCUAUGCGAAUACGAGACCAGCAUCAGGAUAAUGAACAAUAUUUAAUGACAAAAACCAUGGGCAUAUCUAGGUUGCUGAAUCAACUUGAAAAUCCUUUGGAAAUCGUGAAUCAUUUUCAAAACAAAAUUUCUCGCAUUCCAAAUCCUUCUGAAGACGAGGUGCUAGAAGUCAUACGUACCAAUUUUCAUUCAUUACAACUUAAACUAUAUGAGGGUCUUGAAAUCUUUGAGAAGCAUGAAAAAGCAUCUGAAUGCAUAGUUGAUGAUUUGGUGGAGCUGACCAAGAAAAAUUCAACAUUUUAUUACGGACUUCAUAAUUUCAACUUUACGGAUAUGCUGAAUUUGCUUUCAUCAAUGAAAUCUUAG